UCAUAGCGAUUCUAGGGCAAACACAAAGUGGUGUAUCAAAGGCCGACAAGGAGAGAGUAACAAGCAGCAGAGCCGACGGCAGUUCAUUGCCCCCCCUUUAGCCGAUCGGAUGAUGUCUCGUCGCCUACCUGCGCUGAAUCCGGCCACAUUUUGCAGAAUCUUAGGUGGUGGUGGUGGUGGUUUUCUGUCUUCCGUCCGAUUGUUGAGUGAGUUUUGUCCUCGUCCUCCUCCUCAGGCGGCAACAGCAACAGCAACAACUACAGUUGAUGAAGAAAAGUUUGGAUCACUGUUGUCCUCACCGUUGAUGAUUGUACCACCCUUCAGUAAAACAGAGGAGGAAUAUGAUGAUGACUACAAUGAUUAUUUUCACUUCUUCAGGGUUGCUGACCAGAAGAAAUACCGAGUGAGGAAAAAUCUAGGGCUCGCGUGGCAAAGAGAGUACCUCACACCAGACAAUGCCGCCUGUAUUGGCUCCACUCAUGGCUGGCUCGUCUUUCUCGACCCUCGCAAUGGCUACCUCUAUCUAUUAAAUCCCUUCAUCAAGCACCAAAACUUUUCUUCUCUUCAUAAUCAUAAUCAUCUCCCAUACAUACCCCUACCUUCUUUGGAAACCCUACCGACCGUGAAGGGUAUGCGUGUUCUGAAAUCAGAUAACCUCUCCCCCUCCACUUCUCUAGUCAGAGACUUCCUUAUGACCUUCUUUGACCAAACGAACGAGCACAAAUCACCUCCCUCCGAAACAGUAGCUCUUCGUACCAUACACGAUGUUGUUUUGUCAUCAUCGCCAUCAUCUUCUCCUGAUAAUGAUCAAUGCACCACCACCACGACGGCGGUGAUGAACUAUGGUGGGGAUUUAUAUUUCUGUAAACUCGGGGUGGAUGAGAGAUGGACUCUCUUGAGCAACGACAUUAGCUACAACCGUUGUUGUGACGUUAUAUAUUUCAGCAAAGAUGGACGUUUUUAUUCCUCGGGCAACCAUCACGAAUAUCAUCAACUCGAAGCUUGGGAUCUCACUGAUCAUUCCUGUCCUAAACAUCAACUCAUUGACCCCACCUUCUCUAAUCCACGGACGAUCCCCGAUAUUCCUAAAACUUGGCAUGAUUCUUUUGUGAAAUAUUUGGUGGAAUCCUCGGGGGAUCUUCUACUGGUUUUCAGGAUUUUUAAUACAGAGUUCGUUCCAGGGGGAAAAGAAAAAGAUCCCAUUGACCCGCCAAAGUUUCACAGGACCUUGAGAUUUGUUGUUCAUAAGUUGAAUUUUAAGCUGAAUAAGUGGGAACAUGUAAAAUGCUUAGAUGAUCGCUCAUUAUUUGUGGGUUAUAAUCAUUCGUUCUCUCUUUCAACACGUGAUUAUCCAGAGCUUAGAGGGAAUUCGAUCUAUUUCACAGAAAAUUAUGAAGAAUUGCUUCUCAUGUGCAAUACAGGUCAUGAUAAUGGGGUCUUCCACUUAGACGAUAACUCCAUCAAUUAUUAUCGUACACGUGAUUGGAAGUGCACUGAACCACAUUAUCUUCUGGUACCAUCACCUGUUUGGAUUUGCGAUGCCCAAAAUAAUGUACGGUAGCAAGCUAGCCAUAUCCUUCUGUCUUGAUGAUCCACUCAGAGGUGAGAUUGUUUGUACAACGGGGUGUAGUCACGAAAUCUUCAGUAUGAAGCUUUUUACGGUGGGAUGGUGUUCAGCAUGAAGCUUUUGAUUGUUACUCUUUGGGAUGCGUUUGCAUUUUCUAUCAAGACGUGCUCUUUUGUUUAUGUUGGUAAUUUUAUUUUGCUGCUUUGCUUUGGACUCUGUGUGACAAGAGGUCAUAAGUUGCUCUCACUUUUUUCUUUCAACGGUUACCAAAACUGGUGCUUUAAUUUAUCUGGUAUUUUUGCCUUCACAUUUUAUCUUUCAAGAGUUCAGUCUUAAUUUUUACUGCACUUUGUGUUA